AUAAGAAAAUAAGAUCCAUCUCUGUUAUUCGUUCUGUUCUUUCUCUCAUCCGCGAACGAGGAUCACAGUCUCUCCCUCCACUCUGAAUCCACCCCUACCCCAUCCCCCUCAAAAAAUAGCAAAAAACAAAAUUUUCGAUCAAUCAAAAACCCUAAUUUCCAAAAACCCAAAGAAUUCUCGAUCGAUAACCCCCCUCGUUCCGUCGUGGUAAGUCUCAUCCAAUCGCUUACACCAUUCAAUCUGGUUCUUUUUUCUCCGAAAUCAACCUCUCAAUUUCCACCCGUCUCUGUCGUUGCUCAUUGUCUCUCAAGUAAUUCUUGCAAAUUACGAUCGAAUGAGCAUUAACUGAAUAAAAUCAAUUUCCUUAUUUGUUUUUCCGGAGAUUAAUUUGAUAAAGAGGACAAACUAACCUCUGUAAAUCUAAAAUAUCCACGCUCUUAACUCUUAAGGGAAUAAGGGUUUAAGGGGUCAGAUUCUAGGCUUUUAGAUUGCUCGAACCGCCAUGGACGACCUUGAAAAGGCUAUACUGAUCAGCUUCGAUGAGUCCGGUACGAUAGAUCCGGUUCUAAAAUCCCAAGCUGCUGCUUACUGUAGCCAGGUGAAAGGGGUCCCGUCGAUCUGUCGUGUUUGUAUAGAACGCCUGUGUUACACUAGUUUUGUUCAGGUGAAGUUCUGGUGCUUGCAGGCUCUUCAUGAGGCUCUGCGUCUCCGGUACUCGUCGAUGAGUCCGGGCGAGAAAGCUUUCAUUAGGAAGUCCUUGUUUUCGGUUGCUUGUUUUGGGGGUUUAGAUGAUAAGAACUCGGCUAGGGUUUUAGAGGGUCCAGCAUUCGUGAAGAACAAGUUGGCUCAGGUUUUGGUGACUCUUAUUUGCCUGGAGUAUCCGUUGGUUUGGUCGUCUGUGUUUAUUGAUUUUGUCCUGAAGUUGAGUAAGGGUGCGCCCGUCAUUGAUAUGUUUUGCCGGGUUUUGAAUACACUGGAUGAUGAGUUGAUCAGCUUGGAUUAUCCGCGUAGUGCCGAGGAAGUGGCUGUGGCUGGGAGGGUCAAGGAUGCAAUGAGGCAACAAUGCGUUCCCCAUAUUGUUCGGGCUUGGUACGACAUUGUGUUGUUGUACCGGAAUUCUGACACAGAGCUAUGCAUUAGUGUGUUGGAUUGUAUGAGGAGAUACGUAUCUUGGAUUGAUAUAGGAUUGAUUGCUAACGACGCUUUUGUUCCAUUGUUGUUUGAACUCAUCUUGGUUGAGGGGCUACCGGAACAGAUCAGGGUUGCUGCUGCUGGUUGUGUUCUAGCAGUAAUUUCGAAACGGAUGGACCCGCAGGCUAAGCUAUCGCUUUUGCGGAGCCUUCAAAUUAAUCGGAUUUUUAGUUUGGUGGCUGAGAAUGUGGAUUCAGAAUUGGUUUCAAAGUUGGCAGAUUUGCUUACGGGCUAUGCGGCUGAGGCCUUGGAUUGUUUCAAGCGUCUAGAUUCGGAAGAUGUCAGGAGGGUAUCCAUGGAGCUUUUGGAUGAAGUGUUGCCCACUGUCUUCUUUAUCAUGCGAAACUGUGAAUUAGAUACGACAUUCAGUACCGUUCAGUUUCUUUCCGGCUAUGUUGCCUCCAUGAAGAAUCUUUCACCACUUAGGGAGAACCAAGUGCUUCCUGUGGGUCAGAUAUUGGAGAUCAUACGUACACAGAUAUGCUAUGAUCGUGCAUACCGAGAUAACCUUGAUACGCUGGAUAAGAUUGGGAUAGAAGAAGAAGAUCGGAUGAUGGAGCAUCGCAAAGAUUUUUUUGUGUUGCUUCGAAGUGUGGGCCGUGUUGCACCUGAUGUUACUCAGAUGUUUAUUAGGAAUUCGUUGGCUAGUGCCUUAAUAUCUACCUCAGAGGGGAAUGUUGAAGAGGUAGAGGCUGCACUUUCUCUUUUCUAUGUCCUUGGAGAGUCUAUAAGUGAUGAGGGUAUACGAUCUGGAAGUGGACUCUUGAAGGAAUUGAUGCCAAUGCUCUUAUCUGCAAGGUUCUCUUGCUAUUAUAAUCGUCUUGUUGCACUUGUAUACUUGGAGACUAUAACCAGAUAUGUCAAGUUUUUUCAGGAGAACACCGAGUACAUACCAGCAGUGCUGGCUGUUUUUCUUGAUGAAAGGGGUAUACACCACCCAAAUCUCAAUGUGAGAAGAAGGGCAAGUUAUUUCUUCAUGAGAGUUGUAAAACUGCUGAAAGCAAAACUUAUACCUUUCAUAGAGACAAUUUUGCAGAGCCUGCAAGACACUGUGGCUCAAUUUACGCGUUUAGAUUGGUCAUUGAAAGAACUGAAGUUCUCAGGAUCUGAAGAUGGAAGUCACAUAUUUGAGGCAAUUGGACUAUUAAUUGGGAUGGAAGACGUACCAUCAGAAAAACAAUCUGAAUACCUGACCUCAUUAUUGACUCCUCUUUGUCAACAGGUUGAAAUGCUGCUUUUGGAUGCCAAAGUACAAAACAUAGAGGACUGUUCCAAUAAAAUUGCUAAAAUCCAGCAAAUAGUUAUGGCAAUUAAUGCACUUAGCAAGGGAUUCAGUGAGCGUCUUGUAACUUCUAGUCGCCCUGCAAUUGGUAUAAUGUUCAAACAGACACUGGACAUUCUCCUUCAGAUUCUUGUAGUGUUUCCAAAGAAUGAGCCUUUGCGGAGUAAGGUUAUAUCAUUUGUUCACCGCAUGGUUGACACUUUAGGAGAAUCUGUGUUUCCUUGCCUUCCUAAGGCAUUGGAGCAAUUGCUUGCUGAAUGUGAGCCAAAAGAAAUGGUAGGUUUUCUCAUGUUAAUCAAUCAGCUUAUUUGCAAAUUCAAUACCUUGGUGGGGGGCAUACUGGAGGAAAUAUUUCCCACUAUUGCAAGCAGGGUCCUUCAUAUUCUACCAAGGGAUGCAUUUCCUUCAGGACCUGGAUGUAAUACUGAGGAAAUCCGUCAACUGCAGGAGCUUCAGAGAUCAUUGUACACAUUUCUUCAUGUAAUGACUACUCAUGACCUGUCUUCAAUAUUCCUUGCUCCAAAAAGCAGGGGCUACUUGGAGCAAAUAAUGCAGUUACUCUUGUACACCUCCUGCAAUCACAAGGAUAUUCUUGUGAGAAAGGCAUGUGUGCAAAUUUUUAUUAGACUGAUUAAAGACUGGUGUGCCAGACCUAAUGUUGAAGAAAGGGUACCUGGUUUCCAAAAUUUUAUAAUUGAGACAUUUGCAACGAACUGUUGCUUGUACAGCGUGCUUGACAAGUCUUUUGAGUUCCGUGAUGCCAACACUCUUGUUCUAUUUGGAGAAAUUGUGGUGGCGCAAAAGGUCAUGUAUGAAAAGUUUGGUGAUAAUUUUCUCAUUCACUUCUUGUCCAAAGGUUUUCCGAGUGCGCACUGCCCACAGGAUUUGGCUGAGCAAUACUGUCAAAAAUUGCAGGAUAGUGAUAUCAAGGCACUGAAAUCAUUCUAUCAGUCACUCAUUGAGAAUUUGAGACAACAACAGAAUGGAAGCCUUGUCUUCAGAUAGCAUUGUCGUGGUGUGUUUUCAUUGGAUUACAAAGUAUUUGUUUGAUACUCUGAUUCUUGGAUUCUUCAGAGGUGUCGGUACUUUUAGUUUUUAGUACAGAGGGUGUUAUUACUUUCUAUGUAUAUAGUUCAUGCGGCCAUCCUAUGGACAGAGAGGUGUAAAUUUCCGGGAACAUCUGAAUAGGAAGAAAUGGGGGGAACAACCCAUUCAAUGUAUAGAAAUAUGAUAUAGUUGAGGUUUCAGCAAGAAGGUCGUUUGCAGUUCAUUUUGGCUUAGGAAAUCAUUUUUUCCCCUUCAUAUUUAUAGUCUAGUUUGGGACUCUGAUGCCUGAGUAAUUUUUUGUUCAAGCAACCAUUUAGGAGUUGGGUCUUCGUAUGGGAGAUGGAAAGAUAAGAAAGAAUGUCAAUUUCUACGUUGCAGUUGUCGCAUUCAUGUUUUAUAUUAUAAUAUAAUUUCUUAUUGGUUUUUACUGGGGGCUGAAACACACACAAAAAAAAAAAAAAAGAAAAAAGAAAAUGCUCAAUGGGAGCAGCCAGAUGUAAGCUCUCCAGGAGUUGUUUAAUAGUUCUGUCAAUGGGAUGGUUCUACCCGACUGGUUGUUUCGAAAUUCAUGUUUGUUCCGAACUGAUUAUUGUGUUAAUAAUACACAAGGGUUUCUUUUA